AUGUUGCCUUUGCGCGCCGCGGGGAUCUUGUCCACCACAGUUCAGGGCGUUCUCUAUGGCUACGCUGUGUUCAUGUUCAUGCUGGCCAUGUGGAUCAUGCUGCGGGAUCGUAAACAUCGACAGGUCAACUACGCACUAGUAGGGGCGGGGUGCUCGCUCAUGGUGCUCGCGACUGCGGAGAUGGCGGUCAACAUUGCUCGCAUCUACCAAGGAUUCAUCACGAUAGGUCCUUUCGUGCCCGGGGGGCCGGAGGCGUGGUUUAGUGCCGUGUCAGACCCUACGUUCGUUGCGAAGAGCGUGUUCUACAACACGCAAACACUCAUUCUUGACGCUGUCGUGAUUUACCGGACAUAUAUCGUAUGGCAAAGUGUGCUCGUUGUGAUCCUUCCCAUGAUUGGCUGGUGUGGAUUGUUAGGCAAGUUCACGCCAAUGAUCGGCGGCUCGAUUGGCUUGAACAUCGCCCUGGUGAAUUCUUCGAAACAUUCUGGGGAUGUGUUCGCGGUCCAGACCGGUCGAUGGAUCACGGCAGUGUACGCGUUGACUCUGGGCACGAACCUUUCAUCCACACUCCUUCUGGCGGGCAGGAUCUGGACAGUCACUCGGCGGUCGGCGCAGUAUCGCGCGUCUGACUUCCUUGGCCCAGUCUUGCGCGUCAUUAUCGAGAGCGGCGCGAUCUACUCGAUGACCAUCACCGCGGCUCUCAUCUCCUUCGUCGUGAAGUCCAACGGCGUAUACGUCAUCCUCGACCUCAUCUCUCCCAUCAUCUCUAUCGUGUUCAACAUGCUUAUCAUCCGCAUCGGCCUCGCCAGCGACCGCAGCUUCCUCGCUGCGGGCAGCAACACCGCGCAGGGGACUUGGGCCGCGGCUGCGUCUGCGUCUAUCGUGGACCGCGCUGUGCGGCGGCGCACCGACGGCACGUACGCGAUGAAGGACCUCAAGGUCGAGAUCACGCAGGUCAUCGAGAACGACUCCGAGUACACGAUGGUUGACGCAGCGAGUCCAGCCAUACGGACGCGCGAGCACGAUCCGCGCAUGAUGCGCGACAUUCUCGACGUUGACGUAGACUCGGGCUCAGAGUCCCCACGGUCCUCGGUGCACCGCUCGCCGAUAGAGAAGGCGCCCGUCGAGGACGGCUCUGUCUGA